AGGUUGACUGUUCUAAAUGGAAUCAAUGCAGUCGAGUCUUCCGCCAACAGUGACGCCGGGAUGGAACGAUCCGCCAAAUUUGGGUGGAGUGCAAUCUUCUACAGCCACAAAUCGUCUGAAUCGAUUGCACAGACGUCCGGUUGAUCCUUCGAUCUCAAGCAUAACGCCCGGCACCGGGAUGCAGCCGCAUCAUUUUCACGGAGGAUAUGAGCCUGGACACCAUGUCCACUCUCAGAUUCCCACUGAACAAUACGGGUUCGAUCCAACUCCUGUUUCUGUGGGAAUGGCGACUUCACCCCCAGUAGUGGGAAUGGGAAUCACGCACGCGACAAUGCCGACCCUUCCUCCGUCUUCAUACAACCAUCAACAGAGUGUUCAACAAACAACAAAUAUGCAAUAUCAAACAACAUCCACCCUACUUCAGUCAAAUAUUGCACCAUUUCCGAAUGAGCAUUCUCAGCAACAGCCCUUCAACGGUCAUGUGCAACAAACUCAUGGAUCUAACAAUGGGCAGGUUUUUUUCCAGCAUCAGAGUCAUGGUGUCCCGCCUAUACAAAGGUUGUGA